AUGCCAGCUGAGGAGGGCCGCAUCAUAGUGUUUAAAGAACCUGUACCAAACAAAGUCAUGACAGGUCACGUGAUCAGAAGUGAAACCGCACCCAAUGAAGGGAGCUGUCGAGUGAAGUGUUAUAUGGAGCCCAAUUGUGUGUCCAUCAAUAUGGGACCAUUGACAGGAGGAAAGAUCAAAUGCGAAUUGAAUAACGCCACUGCAGAAAACGAAUUUGUGUAUGAUCUAAGGACCAAAGAUGCUCACACUUAUCUGGCCAUCGAGGUAAGCACUUUUGUUUGGAACUCAUCUUAGAUACAGAAUCUCUAGAGACCUCGGUGACGAGGCUGUUUAUAUAGGUUAAUGGGGGCUGACGUUUAGUUUACAAGAAGAUCUAACGUCAAAUUUUUAUUGCGCCUCUAGCGUUUCCGGUUGAAAUAUUGCGCGAAAGUUGGGGCGAGAGUAAAAUAAAUGCUCUCGUCCCAGCUUUUCUCGACGAGCUCAAGUGGAAACGCUUGCUACACAGCCUGCUACUGGAACUUAGCGAGUUUGAUAUCAAGAUCGCUUAAAUGGUUCGUUCAAGACGUUUUUGAACAAACAAACGACAAUAAGCCUGUGGUUAUAGGAGCAUUUUAAGCGUGAAAGUACCAGCGAAUUAAUAUUCAAAUCAUUCAAAGUCUUGUUUAUAUAUUUCUUAAAGUGAGCUUCUCAAUGGGGUGAUGGCAUUAGGCUACCUUAAUACCUUACUUUUUUGCGGCUAACGCUGUAACAAUUUCUCCCAGAAACGGGAUUAAUAAAUAAAGAAGUUUUCGUCUAGGAAAGGCAAAUUAUUUGCGGUAUGAAAAAAGAUAUACGGAAAUUUAUCAACAGCGAGACAAGGCACACAAACGGCUUUCACGAUUUUUACGACUAAGAAAUCAAACAUUCUACAUCGGACAUCUUACAUUACACCUGUUGACUCUAAUGACUGAAGUUUUGACUUCCGGCGAUCGGUUUGUCCAUUCUUAAGCCCUCUAAUAUACUUAUAAUCUGGUAGUUGUUUUUGAUUGCUGCUCCUUAUUCCAGAAUCCCUGCAGCAGUAGUCCAUGUCUAAACAACGGGACAUGUCAAGCUGGAUUCACCAGUAAAGGGUUCCGUUGUAUAUGUCUUCCGGGAUUCCCAGGAACAAACUGUCGUGCAGGUACGUACACGCAACAAGUUUUAUUGCACAGUUGGCUUAAACCAUGCAUUUAAAGAGAGAUCAGCAUUAGGGCCGUGGGAAGAGUGAGGCAUUUUUUCGAGGAAUGCGCAGAAGGCUAACAUUCGCUUUCUCUUCUUCCCAUCGUCUUUUUCUUUUCUUUCUUUCUUUCUUUCUUUCUUUUAUUGGACAUUCUACGUCUUCUACUAGACUUCAUUUCAGUGGAAAACGAUUGGCGCGAAAGUCCCGAAGAUCAAGAACUUUUUUUGAAAGGGAGUACGGCUCUGGUAGUGUCAACAAAGAAGAUUUUCAAAGGAAUUUUCUGGUCAACUGUGGACGUUUUUGCGUAUUCCUCUGUCAUGUUUAACUGAAUCGUGCACAUUUAGGUAUGGUUCGAACAAUCUCUCUUUCUUAUACAAUACAUGUCAGCGGUCAAAACUGUCUAAUUGAACCUUAAAAUUGAUGGCGUCACAAGUGGUACAAUGGACGAUGAUAUGCACCGUCGGUAAUGGGUGGCUCGAGUGUGAAUGGGUUAAAGCAGUGUAAAACUGAUGAAGCCACAUGCACACCAAGGAAGUGCAAGUAGUCGUCAGUUAGUUCCUGGGGAAUAUCUUAAGAGUUUUGAUUAUAACUAAUCUUGGUUAUUUUCAAUCACUGUGUUUAGCCAAAUCAUGUAGUGACCUAAAGAAGAUUGAGCCUAGAGCAGAAAGUGGAAGCUACGUCAUUGACCCUGAUGGAGAAGGUGGCUUGUAUGACGUCAUCUGUGACAUGAACGACAAGAAUGGUGUUGGCGUGACAGUCAUCAGUCACGACAGUGAAAACAGGACAUUGGUAAAUGGUAAGGAAGCUCCAGGCAGCUACUCACGUGACAUCCAUUACACAGGAGCGAGUCUGUCUCAGCUAGCGAGUCUCACCAGAGUCUCCCUGCGCUGUGAGCAGUUUAUCAAGUAUGAGUGUUAUCAUUCGAGGUUAUUGCGUUCCAAUGGAAACGGUCCAUUCGGAUGGUGGGUGUCACGUGAUGGCGAUAAGAUGACGUACUGGAGCGGAGCAACUAAAAAUGGCAAAUGCGCCUGUGGAGUGAACAAUACAUGUGCAGACUCCAACCGUGGUUGUAAUUGCGAUAAAAAUGACCACAAGUGGCGUGAAGACAGUGGUUUCCUCACUAACAAAACAAAGCUUCCAGUCAAGCAGCUCAGGUUUGGAGACACUGGACAUACAAAAGAACAAGGUUACCAUACUCUGGGGAAAUUAAAAUGUUAUGAUAUCGCCUGA